UUGCAGUCAGACAGCAAAUUGUUGAAGUCGCAGCAGCACAGCUCCCACCGCGACAGUAACCGAGCGCAAUGGCACCUUGCAACAUUAGCCUGCAGCCUGCUAACAGCAUUAGAAAGAUAAGAAAACCAGUGGUUGAGAAAAUGAGGAGAGAUCGGAUUAACAGCAGCAUCGAGCAGCUCAGGAUGUUACUGGAGAAAGAGUUUGAGAAACAUAAUCUCCCAUCCAAACCAGAGAAAGCUGACAUUCUGGAGGUGGCAGUGGGCUUUCUGCAGCAGCAUAUAGCUACUAAAACUGAUGAGAUAUCAGGCAAAUCCUACAAGGAGGGAUAUUCCAAAUGUGUUGAAGAUUCCGUUCAUUUCUUGUCGGCUCACAAUCAACACAGUCAAGGGAAUCUGCUUAGAAGUUUCCAUGGUCAUCAGUUUUCCUCAGGAGAAACCCAUCAGUCUCGACUAUGUCAUGGACAGUCACCUGUGACCAACAGCAAAGUUUUGUGGAGACCGUGGUGAAAGGGUUAAUCAGAGGCACAGUCGGUGGACUGACAUUUUGGACUGCAACCUGGAAACACUCUAAUAGUGAACAUGUACAUUCCCGUGGAAUAAUAUAAAUGCAUAGCCUCUAGGUUUAAUGUAUAUCCUUAUGCAGUGCAAUAUUUGCACAAUUUAACGUACAGCACUGACUGAAUUUCUAUAUAUAUUAUAUGUUAGGCAUAUUGCCUGUCUACUUUGGUAGUUCUGAUAGAAAUGCCUCCCUCAUUUCUUCGGCAAGGGACUGGCUGUGUUUCCAGCAGCUGGACUUAUAAUACAGUAUUUUCGUCUUGAACAUAGAUAGAGUAGGAGGAUAUCCUUCCUUUGCUCGUUUGACAGCUCAGCGCCACACGCUAAGUAGAAGGUUAAACGAUUCUGUAUCGUAAUGAAUAUACUAUCAUGUGUUUUUAACAAUGAAAGUGUACUUUUCUAAAUGAGAAUAUAUUAUUUCUAUGAAAUAAGUUAUCCUGUUAGUAACAUAUUUGACAAAUAUGACAUAUUUAUAUGUAUUCUGUGAUCAGAAAUGGUGUGCACUGUGCUGAGCUGAAUAAAUACUCGAUUUGUGCAAGUA